UUAAUUCCCAGCGAAACACACCAAUCUACAACAGCCGCCGCCUCAGCCAGUUCGUCGACUCCCCCGCGCCGUGCUAUCUCUUCUACUCUGCUUCAACUCAGCCACAUAGCCCUAAUUUUCUGUCCAUAAGAUGGCAACUCACGAGGCUGAUGGAAAUUCCAUUUCUCCAUCUCGUAUAGAAUCACCUGAACUAGCAGCCAUGCAGGAGAAAGCUCACAAGGGUUCUUCAAGUUCUGGAUCCAAGCAUGAAUCUCGUGAACAUGCAAGAGAUAGGGAAAGGGAGUCUAAAAGCAGAGACAGGGAGAGGGAAAGAGGUAGUAGAGACAAAGAUAGAGACAGGGACAAAGAGAGGAAUAGGGAUCGGGAAAGGGAGAGGGGUAGAGACAGAGACGGGGAAAGGGAACGGGAUAAGGAUCGUGAUCGACAUCACCGAGAUCGCCACAGAGAUCGAAGUGAGAGAAGGGAGAGGACCAGAGAUAGGGGUGAUGAGGAUGACUACUACCGAAGCAGAGACUAUGACAGGUGAGAA